CUGCCUGUCGUAAGAGGCGACUAAAAGGGGUCACACAAGCACAUACACACACGUAUACAGACACACACACACAUACACCGACUAGGACGUUAAAAGUAUGGAACGUAUGGAAGUAAAAGUAUGGAGAAUGUAAGACAAAGAAAAAGAUAAUUCAAAAAAUGCGCGGGGUUUGGGGCUGGCGGUGCUGCCAGCCUAUCCCCGAGGUGCGCGGAUGAUAGCGUUCGUUGGGCAACAUGGGGACAGAUUAGUCCCCAAAAAGCGCUGACCCCUUUAGGGGCGAAAUUAGAUGGAUGGAUGUUUGCACAGGCCUAAGUCGGUCUGUUUUUAUCCUCGGCCGCUUUCUCGUGGCGCGGAACAGAAAUUCACGGGACAUUAAAAUUGUUGAUGAACAUCGAUGGAGCAUCAAUAGGGGGGGUUGUUUCGUUGAAGCGAUGCGAUGGAGAAAAUGAUUCGAUCACGCUGUGAGUUCAUCGAAGCAUUCCUACCAGUCUACAAUAUUCGAGAAAUUUGUCUUAAUAUUCAUGCCGGGAGGUCGUCUCGAUGGGUGAUCUAUCGAUCGAUACAACAGCAAUUGACUACAAAUGUCUACUAGUAAGAUGCUUUCAAGAAUCAUAUUUUUUAUGGCGAAUAGAAAGUAAAGUGAAAUGGAAAAGUUGGUGAUAGCUGGAAUACAAAAAGUGUGAAAUUGUUGCUACUAUGAAUAAUGCUGAAGUCAUUUGUGAGUGGAUAUUUAAAUUACAUAGAACGAGUUUUUUUAAUUGCGAAGCUUAAUUACAAGUUCUUCUGCGUAUCUACAAGGAGAUAUAGUUUAAGAAAGAGAGGUAACUACAGGUAACUGUAAAACGUAUCGUGAGAUAAGGUUACAGUUGUAGGUAUAUUGUUAAAAAAUUCUAACGACAGUUAUUUGUAGGAUAGCCUGCAGUAUAUUCUUGUUCGUAUUGCGAUUAGAUAAACAAGUUUCGCGAGAAAGAUGUACGAAGUAACACGACAGUCUGUAAUCGUAAAACAGAACACGUGUUCAUCAGUGGAAUUCUUAAUCAGUUCAAUUUUUAGAAUCAUUAGCAAUAUUUUAUCAAUGAUUAAUUGUACUAUUUUUUCGAUUAAUGAAUUAUUUACUGACAGGAGAUAACGAGUUUACCGAGUUGGCGGACUUGGGGAUGAUUUUCUUGUUCAAAGUGACUAGUUGUAUAAGUUGUUACAUAUAUGUACAUAAUAUAAAUCAGUGCUUCUAUUUGCAACAAUCUAAUGCAUAGAAUAGUCCAUUGCUCCCUGCACAUUGAACAUGACCGAUCAACAGAUACCAUUUUCCCCUAAUUUGGUCCCUAAAUCAAAUCUAAGUAAACACUUAGCAUACUCCCGUUUCUAAACGAGGAAUUUCCAGCAGUUCGGAGACCGAGAAACCAAUCCGCUCCCAACAGACAACUCGGUUUCGAUUGAGAAGGAAUACUUGUAUACUGUUGCAGCAAUCCACGUUGCCACUGUAACGAAACGAAAUGAAACGAAACGAAACGAAACGAAAGGUGAGGCAAAAUGAAAGAAACGUCUACGCGUCUCACGAUUCGCGCUUCUCUUUCCUCGCGCGGACAAGCUAUUCCUGUUCCUCGAGAUCGUCACGAGGAAGCGUACGAGGUGAUCGACGCAAGCAGAUCCCCGAGACCAGACGAACAAUUACCCCGGUUGUUCUAGGCAAGUGGAGCGAAAUCCACGACCCAUGAACUAGAACCAGCUUCGUUCUUCCGAGACACUCGAUUGGAUCGAUUCGCUGGUGUAAAACCGGCUGGGCGUCGGCGGCUGCUGCCAGCAGAAAGGAAGAAAAAGAAAAAUACGAAAUACGUUGCCGAGGAAGAGAGGGAUAGACCCGACUGGAAAGAGGGAUGAAAGAGCAAAGGAGACCAAGGCUCGAUCUCUCUGAGUGCCUCUGGCCGCUGGCCUCUCCCCUUCCCGCCCACCAACAACCGAUCUCCUUCUUCAGUGCCGGCGCCGCGCGACUUUCCUACAGGUGGACUUACAACCUGCAUCACGAUUUUUUUACCUUCCGCCUUUCCAACGUGACACCGUCCCCCUUUCCGAUAAAUACCUAAGACUACCCCCCGCUACGGAUUCUUACAAGAUUCAACCAAUUUGGUCCUAACGGAUGAAAGAGGGGUGGUGGGUGAACUUAAGUUUACUACAUUUUCUAAGUGAACCCUUCAGGUGUGUAAGUAUAUAAAUGACAAAGAGUUUUGAGAAAAUUUCAAACACAAUGAUGAUGGAGAGAAGUGAUGAUUGGGAUAGUAGAGUCAGAAGGUCGAAAGCGCAUCGAAUUCAAAGGAGAUCGGUGUUUAUCGAUCAAGGGGGCACCAAGCCUUACUAUUACGCACCUGUUCCUCAUACCACGUCCCUACCUAAACCUCCUGCGUUCAACCUGCGCGGCAUCGCGUCGUAGGCACUGGUAGAUAGAGUACCCGUGGAUCUCCCUCCAUCGUACCUGGUCCCUUUUGCUCUACGUCUCUGUUAGCGAUGGAUUCGAACAUUGCCGUGUACCAUUAGAGGAGUUAGAGUUGUGUAAGCAUUCAGGUAACAGUAAAAUGCCAAUACAAAUUCUGUAUAAUUGAAUUUUGUGAAAGUCUAUAACAAGUAGAAUUACUGAUCAUUUUAACUUUGAUCUGAUUAUUCCAGCCGCUAUCUUGUACAUUUCCGGUACUUAUCUAACUUUAUCAUAACAACGUAUUAACACAGUAUCAUUCCCCCAAGUCAUAAAUGGUAAUCCAAUACAAAAUAUGUAUCAUUCGUUCCUGCUAUCUCUUGUUAAAGUAAGAAUUCUAAAUUGCUUUAACUUCUGUUUGCACCACCGGCUCCGAUUUCGAUGCAAAUGAAAUUCAAAUUAUGCCUAAACUAUGCAGACACGUUCCUCGAGGUGUAUGUAUACUGGAAUAAAUUUGCAUUCACAGUCUCUUUCUUUCCAUUUAGGUAAAUUAGAUCCCACGAUUUAUAGCUUCGAUUAAGAAAUUUUCCAUAAAAUCGUUCAUCGAUUCUAUACGCGCGUCAGAAAGAUUGAGGGAACUUGAGAAAAACUUGUUCCGUCGAAGGCAAGGUAUGCAACGGGGUCAGUUCCAUCGCUAGAGGCUGCUCCAGGUUCUUCUGUGUCUCGGUUAGACUGCCAUUGGCCAGUUCCAUCGGACUCCGUUGCACCGUCGUCGUCGCGUUGGCCAGGAGCGAGGCAGUCGGAGUCGGAGUCGGAGCACAGCAUCCAGCAGCAGCGCUACUAGCGGCAGCCAAACGGAAAGACUCCCAGGCAAGUCGUGGUUUGUUACCUGUGUAUCCCCGUGCGUGUGGACCAUGCGUGUGCUUCGGCUGCGUGGGUGUGCGCCGAGGUAGCUUACCUGGCGGCGUCCAACACGCAGUUAACCGCGCGCUGCUUCGUGUCCAUGGUCCAGAAAGAAGGGACGUGCGUCUGUCCCGAAGAUUUCUCUCCAGGAUUCCAUAACACGUUUCGCGACCACAAGUGUUUCAAGAAUACGGUUGGAAUUUCGUGGCUAAAUUCGUGUGUAUCAGCCAACUAAAUACGUGAGGUUCACAACAGUGUGUCGCCAGUGCGAAUCCGUGUAUGUGUGCUUACGUGGGUGACUACCGAUACUUUUCUGAUCCAGCUACGACCAACAGAGUCUCAAGGUUUAACCUAAGGGCUCGAUGUAGCCGAUAUCGGUGUCGCGACGAAUGCUUCCGCCAGUGGUCGCUGGACAGGAUCAUACAUCUCGGACGGAGAUGUGACGGUGGACCACCGAAGGAGAAUAAACGGGAGAUCGGGAACUAUUCUCGGUCGACGUUCCCCUGGUGUCAUCGGUAUGCCGACAGACAUCGUGGCAUCGUCGGCCACGGCCUCGGCCACGAUCUCGGAAGAGACAAGCAGAGGUCGAGAGCUGGGCCUUGGGCCGUCGUCAAGGUCAGCUCCCUCUUCGGCAGGCGCAUCAUCCUCAGGAUCAGCGGCACAGUCGACCGCCAGGGGUUUCGACCCGUCUAGCGCCCUGGCUGCUUAUCACCACCAUCGACAUGGCCUGGUUGCAGGCCUGGGUCAUCCUCAUCAUCGUGAAUCGUCCGCGUUCGUGCCUGUCGUGCCUUCGCGGUUACAUCUGGCGCCCUAUCCAGGGGAGAUGCACCCUCACCUAACUGGACCACCACCUUCCUCAUCGACCGCGUCCAAUCCGGACCAUGAAGUAGGCGCAGAGACUUCUGUCGCCAGAAAAUCAUCGUCCAGUUAUGAAAUCAUGGCUAUGAUGGUUGAUAAGAGGAAGGAAUUGGCUGCUAGAGCUCUUCUCCUUCCUCCACCCCCUCUUUUGGAACCACCACCUGGGUACCCGGUUUUUGCUGGUCCUUUUCCUGGUGGAUCAGCCUUGUACCCUCCUGGUGGUCCUUUGGCGCAUCAGCAUUUGGAUAGGAGACUCCUCAGGGCGCCGGGAAGAGCUUCCAGACCUAAGAAACAGUUUAUUUGUAAAUUUUGUAAUCGACAAUUCACAAAGUCGUAUAAUUUGUUAAUUCACGAAAGGACCCAUACGGAUGAGAGACCAUAUUCCUGCGAUAUCUGUGGCAAAGCCUUCAGAAGACAGGAUCAUCUGCGGGACCAUAGGUACAUCCAUAGCAAAGAGAAGCCCUUUAAGUGCGGCGAAUGCGGUAAAGGGUUCUGCCAGAGCCGCACCCUAGCCGUGCACAAGAUCCUGCACAUGGAAGAGUCUCCACACAAGUGUCCAGUGUGUGCUCGUAGUUUCAAUCAGCGCAGCAACCUGAAAACCCACCUCCUCACCCACACGGACCACAAGCCGUACGAGUGUACCUCUUGCGGCAAGGUGUUUCGCAGGAAUUGCGACCUCAGGAGGCACGCUUUAACCCAUGCAGUGGGCGACGUGCCACCCGAGGCCCUCGAGGAAGCACUCAGGGACGACGACAGUCCCGAAGAGGAUUGUCCAGAAGGUGGAUCCUCGUCUUCCACAUCGGUAUCCACGAAUUCCUCUCUACCAAACGCCUCUGCGAACGCCUCUUAUCCUCAAGGAUCAUCAGGACCACCGCAACCCCCUCCAGCUCCAGCUUCUUCCUCGUCUCUUCCUCAGAGACCUCAACUGCAGAUCAGAAGAGAUCUACUUCCGACUGUGAAGCCGUCUACAGUGACUAGUGGAGGGACUGGUAGCCAUUCGGUCACUCAAAAUCCUCCAGCACCGCUCCCUCCACCUCCGCCAUUAAUCCUGUCCUCGUACAGGCGAAGGAUUGGAUCACCAGGACCGUCUAGAAUGCUUCUGGAACUCCAGGAACGUGAGAGAGAAAGAGAACGAGAACGAGAACGAGAACGAGAACGAGAACGAGAACGAGAACGAGAACGAGAACGAGAAAUAGAACAGAACAGGGAUAGGGAAAGAGAUAGGGAACGAGAAGAAGAAGUGGUUCGACCUCCUAGAGCACCUACUCCACAGCCUCCACCCCCUCCUAGACCCGCACCUGCUAGACAAGGAUUCACUAUAGCGGACAUAAUGCGCCGGUAAAAAGUGAAGCAUGCCAAAUGAUGCUUGCUGUGAAACUGAAGCAGAUACAGAACUUUGUUGAAUAUUCGAAGGUGGUGUCUUUGCUUUUUAUUCAAUUACUUUAGAGAAGUACAGUAUGGGGCUUCUUUAAGGCGAAGAUGGAUAUAUGGGAUAAGGAGGACCUACCCACUUGUUAUAAUACUUGAAAAGUACCACGCAUUGUAAAUAAACUCUACAUGUAAAAUUGUUAAAGAUUUAAAAAGUGAUAGCUCUUAAAGUUCUAACUUGGAAGUUAUUAAUAUUAGCCCCCUUCCCUAAGUUGUCGUUUUCCUUAGAGAAGUCACCCAUGCUCAGAACUGUACAUUUGCUUGAAGGUGGAACAGGCCAAAUGAUAAGAACCGUCGCGUCGCACACCGGUAAAAAUACUGUCACGGCAAUUGUCCAACGAGAUACUUAAUCGAUUUUGGUACACAAUAUUUUUGUCAAAGAUGCAACUGAAUAUUGUUAAUAACCGUUUUGCUUUUGCAAAGAAUACUUAUAAACUGUAUUGUGUCUUUUAUAAAGAAUUCAGGACUUUGUUUUAUUUGUUCAAGUAUCUUCUUGAAAACGAACAAAUAAAAGAUAAACUUACAAUUAGGCUCAAAUAUUGACAAUACUAUAAAUAUUUAGUAUAAAAAAAUAUAUUAUUUCAUAUCUUUUAUACCUAAAAUUAUAUCUAAUAAUAAUGUUGUCUUUAUCAUUGUUGAAAAAAUCGAAUUAAUGCCCUUUGUAUAUAUCAUAAAUAAAAAAUUGUAUAUACAUAUACAUAUAUAUAUAUAUAUAUAUAUAUACUGAAUUAUUGAUUUGCCAGAAAAAAAUUAAAUCACGAGAACUUUACUCUUUAGUAAUGUUUAAUACAACUGAAAAUAAAUUUGAAACUUUUGAAGAGUCAAUUUAUUUUUAUUGUGAUUUCAAUGUGAUCUUUAAAUCGUGACAAUAUUUUUGCUAUCAUGUGAUACGAUUUAAGUCCUGUUUGCAAACAAAACAAAGUCUUAUGAAUAGUUAUACAUAUGUGGCUGUAGUUUACACUGAAUAAGAAAAAGGUGAAGAAGAAAAGAAGAAUUUUGAAGAGUACAACAUGAAAAGGUUGAAAGCGUUAACUUUGACAAAAAAUUUAUUACAUUAGUGUAUUAAGAGAACAAUUGUAUAUAAAAAAAAAAAAAAAAUUAAUUGAAAUUCAGUUAAUAGUGCAAUGCUGAAUUUUAUUUUACAUCUUGUAUAUGAAUGAAAAUCUCGUACUUUUACAUUUACCACUUUAGGUUAAUUGUAAAUCGAACAAAAAUCUAUUUAACAUGCUCCAUACCUAUGGUUAUUAUGCGUUUAUUUCAAUUUUCGUUUAAUUUCAUUUAAAAUUCGUUCACAAUUUAAAUUUUGAUGCUAACUUAAAAUUAUAUUUCUAAUGAGCUACGUAGUUUGGAACCUGUUAAUUAUUUACGUAAUGGCAAGUGAAAGCAAUUGAACGCUUUUGUUAAAUUACAGUUGAAAUAACAUUAACCCCUUGUCAUGUUUCCUUUGUAUCAAUUAUUAAAAUAUUGUACAUAAUUCUUCUUUGACACUUUUAUAAUACAUUGGAUAGCUGCAAUUAAGAUUAAUAUUCAAAAUUUUAAUUUACAAAUUUCUUCAUAUUGUAACGUUAGAAGCUAAAGGGUUAAUGUUCUCUGUAACUGCAAUCUUAUCUAUAAGGUUAACAUAAUGAUGUGUAAAGUUGAAUGUUUGUCCUAAAUUAUUCAGGGUACUUCAUCAGAAGGGUUAUAUAUUUUUAACGUACCUGUUGAAGUAGGAACAAUUCUGGCAAACAUGAAUUUUAUAAUUUUAUAGUUUCACAAAUGAUUUUAUUUAAUUUACCAAAUACUACUUGCUCCACGAUAUAGUAACCCUUCUUCUAAAGCACCCUGUACUAUCAUAGAAGAAAAAGAAAUAGAAUGUUGAAAACGUGCCUUAAUACUAGCGACAAGAAACAACUAUUUACAAAAGAUGGACCGAAAAAUUUUCCAUGUGAAAAAAAAAGGAGGGUGCCAUGAUUAGGGAGACACUAAAAACGACUCCAUUGUCCAAAAGGAUAAAUGGAGGGGAUAAUGCAAAUUCCUUGGCCACAGGAACAACCUGUGCCACCGUUGCCACAGGUAACAGGUGCAAUAGGUGUCGAAGCUACUUCGUUUCGGUGGUACCUGCCUCCUUCUAAAAAUAUUUCUGACCCUAGACAAGCACCAUCCAUUUUUUUCUCCUAUUCUAUUGGAGAAGAUCAUUAGGGGCCCUUUGUAAACCUGCCUUGCACCGUCCAACCGCAGGUUUUUCUUACGCAGGUUUUGAUCCCCUCGGUUUUACUACCGGUCGAAACGAGCUUUCUUUUCGAAUGGAACUGAAGAGAACGAGGGAGAACGUCUGUGAAAUUUUCUUCCAUCUCGCUUCUUUAAUUUCAUCUUGAUCAAAAUCGAACCCUUUAAGUGAAGCCAUAUUUUUUCUGAAGAAAAUUCUUUAUUUCUUUUUUAUUUAGCUAUUUACUAUACUGAAAGCAACAUUUUAUUAGGUGAUUAUGUAAACCAAUCAAAGGGUUAAUUAGCUAACACAAUUAUUUAUGAAUAAGCUGAUGAUGUGACGAUACAGAUGUUUUCGAAACGAAACGUGAUCAAUGAGAAUGAAGAAAGAAUUACAUUGUAGUCUGAAAUUUUAUUUUGAGAUAUACACAUUAAAAUAGGAAUGAAAUUCUCUCUUAUAUGUAUGCGUGCGUGUGUGGUAGAGAAACAAUGAGAGAGUGAAAAAGAGGGAAUUAUGAUACUUUGUACUGUUUUUAAACAUACCUAAUGUAUAGUGAUAUAUGGAAAUGUACAAUGUACUAUGUACAACGAGUACCGGUCACAAAAUGAAAUAGAAUGUUCGUGACCGACUCAAAUGUCCUGUUAUUUUCUAUGUUAUUAGUUUACAUCUUGCACCAAUAUCUAUAUUUUUAGAUUUAUACGAGAGUUAAGCAUGUUUGUAAAUUAUAUUAAGAACUACGAAAUAAAAAAUAUAAAAAAUA